GUCGUUAGAAAGAUCGUUAUCUCCCACAUAUUUAAAUGCCCAAAUAGUCUCCCAACCCUGGAGCCCAUUUCUCAUCGUACCUCUUCUCUCUCUAGGGCAGCGUCUCAGAUCCGCCCCCUCGAAGCUUUUCAAAAUGGGGUUAUCUUUCACCAAGUUGUUCAGUCGUCUUUUUGCUAAAAAAGAAAUGCGAAUUCUUAUGGUCGGUCUCGAUGCUGCUGGUAAAACUACCAUAUUAUACAAGCUUAAGCUCGGAGAGAUCGUGACCACCAUUCCAACAAUUGGAUUCAAUGUUGAAACUGUGGAAUAUAAAAACAUUAGCUUUACGGUUUGGGAUGUUGGAGGCCAAGACAAGAUUCGACCUUUAUGGAGACACUACUUCCAAAAUACACAAGGGCUGAUUUUCGUGGUUGAUAGCAAUGAUCGUGAUCGUGUUGUUGAGGCUAGGGAUGAGCUGCAUAGGAUGUUGAAUGAGGAUGAGUUGAGGGAUGCAGUGCUGCUUGUAUUCGCUAACAAGCAAGAUCUUCCAAAUGCAAUGAAUGCUGCUGAGAUCACUGACAAACUCGGUCUCCACUCUCUUCGUCAACGCCACUGGUACAUCCAAAGUACAUGUGCCACCUCUGGGGAAGGGCUCUAUGAGGGUCUUGACUGGCUGUCCAACAAUAUAGCAAACAAGGCUUAAAAUGAUGACAAAAACUUCGGCAGCCUCUUGUUUUGAAUGUGUCAAAGUGGAAUGUCCAUUAUCUUCUGUUUAUGAAUUUCUUAGUGUUACUAUUCUAAGAAUGUAUUUUGUUUAGAUAAUUACUACAAAGUGAUUGAUGCCGUUUGGCCCUGUAGAUUUAAAUAAUUCAAGAUUUUUAGUCUCCCUGCCAUUCCAUACAUUCUGUUGUGUUUAGAGUUCCAAUCAAUGGAUGGAUGUUGAAUAGUUACCA